CCGCGCCAGAACUACAAGUCCCGUGAUGCCCCGCGCCCGCGCCGGCGCUCCCAUGGCAACGCGGGCGGCGGCGUCGGGCCUGCGGGAGCGGCGGCCGCGAUGCCCGGGGAGACGCUCUGGGAGAUCGCACGGGCUGAGGUGGAGCGGAGAGGCGCGGGCAGCGGAGACAGCGGGCCGGACGGCGGGGAGAAGACCGUGUUCUUCCUCGGCAGCAAAGGAGGGGGGAAGACUACGAUUAUCCUAAGAUGUCUUGACAGGGACGAGCCCCCGAAACCCACCCUGGCCUUGGAGUACACAUACGGGAGGAGAGCGAAGGGACACAACAUCCCUAAGGAUCUGGCUCACUUCUGGGAGCUUGGGGGCGGCACGUCCUUACUAGACCUCAUCAGCAUCGCCAUCACGAGCGAGUCCGUGCAGACACUGUCCGUUGUCCUCGUUCUCGACCUCUCAAAGCCUCACGACCUCUGGCCCACCAUGGAAAGCCUGCUGCAGGCCACUCGGGGCCACGUGGACAGAGUGAGGGCGAGGCUGGGGAAGGACGGCUCCAAAGCGGCCUCCGAGAUGCGGCAGAAGGUCUGGAGCCACCUGCAGAAAGACCACCCGGACCGCGAGCUGAUCGACCCUUUCCCAAUCCCCCUGGUCAUAAUCGGGAGCAAAUACGAUGUCUUCCAGGAUUUCGACUCGGAGAAGAGGAAGGUCAUCUGCAAGACGCUGCGUUUCUUGGCCCAUCACCAUGGUGCCACCCUGCUGUUCACCAGCAAAUCCGAGGGUCUGUUGCUGAAGAUCCGUGGGGCCAUCAACCAGCUGGCCUUCGGCAUCGACAAGAGCAAAUCAGUGUGCAUGGAUCAGAAUAAGCCGCUCUUCAUCCCAGCAGGGUCCGACUCUCUGGCCCAGAUAGGCCCUCCCCCCAUGCCCGACGGCGACCUGGGGAAGCUGCGCGCCCACACGCCCCUGGAGCUGUGGAAGAAGGUUUACGAGAGGCACUUCCCGGCCCAGAGCACCAGCACCCUCAAGGACACCAAGGACCCGGCCAGAGACCCGCAGUACGCCGAGAGCGAGGUGGACGAGAUGCGAGCCCAGAAGGACCAGGAGCUGGAGCAGUACAAGAGCAGCUCCUCCAAGUCCUGGAAGCAGAUGGACCUGGACCCGUGAGCCGGCCUGUGUGCAGUGCCGGGUCUCCUGCCCCACGCGUGUGCGGCUGUGCUUGAAGGACGCGUGUGGCACGUGGCAGGCAACACG